CUCAAUGACCUUUUGAGGUCCCUUCCAGUUCUAUGAGAUAGGUAUAUCUCCAUGUAUUAUAUUAUAAUUCCUUUAGUGUUAACAACUGUCUUUAGCAAAGUUUAUUUGGACAAGGGGAACAGGUGUUUACUGAAUUAAUAAUUUUUAAAUUGCCCUAGUUUAUUUUUAUUUCUGAAGAUGUGGUUUUCCUUUCGGGCUCAUCAAGGUAAUGUGCAACUGCAGAGAAACUCUUCCCUGUUUAGACAGGACCGGUGUGAUAUUCACACACUCUUAUUUGCACAGCAGAACUAAUUUUAAAAGUAGUCAUUUCAUGGAAUGCAUCUGAUGUGAGAAAAAAAACAUUUAACUUAGUUAGCCCUCAGUGUAUCUUGAAAGUAUCAUGACAUCUUUUUCAAGUUUCAGUUUCUGAAUUAAUAAUCAUGGAAUAUACAGACAUAAUUUACAAUAUCUUUAUCCCUAAAACUGUGGAAUAUUUCAUGUAGCAGUUUUGUUUUUUUGUUUGGGGCUUUUGUUUGUUUCUGUUUUUUUUGCUGUUCUACAUCAUUCUAUUCAUGUUAGAUAAAAUUGUAAGGGGGUUAUAGUGAAGAUACCAAAGAAAGGUAAGACAAGAACAGUCAUUUGGAUAUGGAUUAGGUUCAUAUUAACAUAAUUAGUUUUUCAUUUCUAGGUUACGAAUUUGGAUCCAGCAUUUUAAUCGGAAGGCUAUUUGGGCCAUGUAAAAUGAAUUGGGUGCAGGUCACUUUUCAGAGGACACAAGGGGUCCAAGUCUACACCCCGAAAUCACUACCUCAGUUGCUGUCUUCAAGAUUGGGUGUAGAGGCUGACAUACAUUUACACACCUACUUGCACUGGAUGAUCAUAGCUAAACAAUGUCUGGACUACGUGGAGCUGUCCAUGCAAAAUGGAUAAUAGGGAAAGUAAUUGGAACCAAAAUGCACAAAACUGCCAAAGUGAGAGUGACAAGGCUUGUGCUGGAUCCUUAUUUACUCAAGUUCUUUAACAAGCGAAAAACUUAUUUCGCUCAUGAUCCAUUGCAGAGUUGUGCCGUCGGAGACAUUGUUCUUCUAAAAGCUUUGCCUGAGCGGAGGACCAAAAAUGUGAAACAUGAACUGGCUGAGAUUGUUUUCAAGGUUGGAAAUGUCAUAGACCCAGUGACUGGAAAGGCCUGCGCAGGAACCAGGUUCCUGGAAAGUCUAACAGACUCAGAAAGUCUAACUGAGGCAGACACCACCUAUCUAAGUGAAAAGCUCCAAGAACUAAAUGUUUCCUCAACAGAGAAAUAAAGGGUGGGAAGAGGCCAAUAAACCGAGGGCUUUACCUCUCAUCUUUACAUGAGGGAUUGGUUGUGUCCAUUGUCUUAGGUUGUAAAAUCUUUCUAUUGUUAGUAACAAUAAAUAAUAAACUGAAUUACUUCCAACACCAAAAUGACAGAGAUAUUUUAAAAUUGGGGAAUUUAUCAAUUAGAAAUAAUGUGGGGGGGGGAAUUAAAUCACAGUUAAGCUGUGUUCUCAAUGUUUUAUUUUCUUAACACACAGUUUUGCCCUAUCUUUAGCAAGAAUGUCAAAAUUACCACCUCAGUCACAAAAUUAAGAAUGGUUCUUCUUUAUUAAGAUGUUUAAGAGAAUAAAUCUAUAUAUAGUUUAAUAUUCAGGGGAGGAUGUUUUUCCCAUGUUGUAUUGUCUGAACCCUGGAACUGAAUCUGUUGAGUUUUGUAGCCUUAUAUUUAAAGUAACACAAUUAAAACUUUUUUAAAAUA